CACCAGGGCACUUUCCAGGGGAAUAAUUGUCACCUUCUCCCAUUCAGACGCUCCAGGCCCUCCCAAUCUUUCAAUCCACCGCCUGCAUGUCCUCUUCUGCACAGCAGCAAGAUCUCUCCGGAAUGUCCCCAGACAUCGAAAAAGCCAGAGAGCGCAUCUCCCGCUACUCCAACCAGGAACGACUCCACGAGACCAAGCUGAAAGCAACCUUAGAUGCAUCUCUCCAAUGGCUACCGGACGGCGGGAAAGAAGCCCUCGCUAGUGACAUUCUAGACGCAACGUCUGAUGAUAAACUUCAUGAGAUCUUCUUCAAUGUUCUCACCAUCCUAGUCUGGCCAGCCAUACUCCAGUCAGAAGCAAGCGAUGUCAAAACAUCCCCAGACCAGCUUAGUCCCUUGGCAAUUGCCAACAAGGCACACAAGAAGAUUGUCUGAAGCGUGAUGGCUCCUACUGCGUUGUUACAAGGGCUAUGGAUGUAGAAACAUGAUAUUCCGAGAAAGGCAGACCAGAGGGCUUUGUUAGUACCUAUGUGCAGAUAGCGGCGCGUCUUCCACCUCUAUUUCAGCCUUUGCUUCCAUUCCUGUGCAAUACUUGCUACUUCGUGCCUCUUUUAUCUUUAUUUUUAUCUUCACUU